AGGAGUCAAAGUAAACCUCCCAAAUCCAACAGUCCUCGGUCUCUUUUCAAGUCCGUGGGCUCCUUCUUCUUCUUCUUCGUCUUCUUCAUCAUCUUCUACUUUCCCCUCCAAAUCCCAAUCCCAAUUCCCCACCUUAUCCUCUUCCCUCUCUCUUUCUCCCUCUGGCUCUCUGGUUUUUCAUCGUACCCAUAAGAGAGAUUUCACCAAACCCUAAUUCUUCCCUGAAAAUGCUAUAAAAAUCUGCUCUCAGACUCUUCUCACACCCGACCCCUACAAUGCCGCCACUUGCCGCCAUUUCUUCUCCUCCUUGUUCUUCCUCAACUUCUCUCGCCGUCCGUACUCUGCCCUCUUCCUCCCCCACACUCAGAAGGGUUUCCAUUAUCAGACCCACCCCCAAGCCCGCCUCUAUCCUCCGCCUCCCCUCCUCCGCCCCCAAAAUGCGGAGCUCUACCGUCCGGUGCGCCGUCAUUGAGAAGGAGAACCCUGAGACCGAGCGUCCCGACACCUUCCUCCGCGACUCCGACGGCCAGAACGGCUCCGUCUCCUCCUCGUCCUCGGUCCGGGUGAGGUUCGAGAAGAUGAUAAGGGACGCUCAGGACUCGGUGUGCGAGGCCAUCGAGAGGGCCGAUGGAGGCGGCAAGUUCAAGGAGGACGUGUGGUCGAGGCCUGGCGGUGGCGGUGGGAUCAGCAGGGUCCUCCAGGAUGGGGCGGUCUGGGAGAAGGCCGGGGUCAAUGUCUCGGUGGUCUAUGGCCUCAUGCCACCCGAGGCUUAUCGGGCAGCCAAGGCUGCCGCCUCCGAUCAGAAACCUGGCCCUAUACCCUUCUUUGCGGCUGGGAUCAGCUCUGUUUUACAUCCGAAGAACCCUUUUGCACCAACAUUGCACUUCAACUACCGAUAUUUUGAGACAGACGCUCCUAAAGAUAGUCCUGGAGCACCGAGACAAUGGUGGUUUGGUGGUGGAACUGAUCUUACUCCUGCUUACAUCUUUGAGGAGGAUGUGAAACACUUCCAUUUGGUUCAAAAGAAUGCUUGCGAUAAAUCUGAUCCUUCUUUCUAUCCUCGAUUCAAGAAGUGGUGCGAUGAUUACUUUUAUAUUAAGCAUCGAGGUGAAAGGAGAGGACUCGGAGGAAUCUUCUUUGAUGACCUCAAUGACUAUGAUCAGGAGAUGCUUCUUUCCUUUGCCACUGAAUGUGCAAACUCGGUAGUUCCCGCUUAUAUACCUAUUAUAGAGAAAAGGAAGGACAUGCCAUUCACUGAGCAGCACAAGGCUUGGCAGCAGUUACGAAGAGGACGCUAUGUCGAAUUCAACUUGGUAUAUGACCGGGGCACGACAUUUGGGCUCAAGACUGGAGGACGUAUUGAGAGUAUUCUCGUCUCUCUUCCACUCACUGCUCGAUGGGAGUACGAUCAUAAACCCGAGGAAGGGAGUGAAGAGUGGAAACUACUUGAUGCUUGCAUCAACCCGAAGGACUGGAUCUAACAUUUUCAUCCAUUUUCACAGUUUCUUGUUCAAUAUUACCAUCAUCUCGCUUAUCUUGAUCGUCAUUGUAUGGAGAUGUUAUUUUGUUUAUCUUAUUGGCUUCUUCUCUUCUGUAGUAGCUAGCGGAGGGAGCAUCUGUUAUUUGAAGUUAAUGCUGAGUGGUAAUGCAAGCCUUUUGGAUAUAUAUAGAACAUUAGUUUCCUGUCUAUUUCGCUUUUGAAUUUUUCUUGUUUUCUGUUUUAGGGGUUCGAAUCAAACACAAUUUAAACCAUUGUACAAUUUAUAUGGUUCUGUUUUAGGGUUCGAAUCAAACACAAUUUAAACCAUUUCACAAUUUAUAUGGAUUUAUUUAUACUGUUGCGCUA